ACUGCUCAUCUAAACGGCUAUACAAAUAAACAGCAACAAUAAUUGAGAAUUUUGUUAGGUUUAUCUUUUCAACUGUGUAUUUUUUAGUAAGAUCUUUGUUCUGUCUUACGUUUUCAAUUGCCUGCCCUUUUCAAUAGUAAUUGAUUCAACUGUUUCGGUCCUUUGAAAUAGUAUUAAGGAUUAAUUAUUGGUUGACAUUUAUUGCCGCCUUUAUUUACCUGACGUCACUAUCGCCGGAUUCAACCAUGCGUGGACUGGAGUUGAAGGGUGCUGUUGAUAAUUUGCUGAAGCGUUCAACGAGCGUAGACGAAACCACUCCUAUUAAUCUAGCCAAAAAUAAAGUCGUCGAUCACGGCACCAUUCCAAUGGAUCGAACACUAAGCGCAGAUGAUAUUUAUCAAAGUUCGUGCAAGAAGAAGUACCACAGUGAUUCUUCAGACGAACCAAAAAAGCAGGAAACUCGACAAGGCAUGAGCUUAUUGAGGAAACUGUGCUUCAUAUUGUCCUUCAAUGGUGGAAUUCUGUAUAUUGUUGCAUUUGCUUGGCUGAUACCUUGCUGGCUAUCUCCGUGUCUGUUGGCGGAAGAAAAAUGGACGUUGAAUCUAACUAGUUUACAAUUAUCUACGAACCUGAGGACAAAUACGCAAAGUAAUCCAACAUUGGUCAUUUUCGGACACGUCAACGAAGAUGGUGGAAAACUGAAAUCUUUGACGGUUUCGAAUGGAAAAGAAAUGUGGAACAAUACUUUGCCGGAAGAACCUUCCCAAGUUUUUUGUAAUUUGAGAAGUAACUGUAAAAUUUGUUUCGUGACUGGAAAGAGAUUUAUAGCUGCUGUUCAUGCAGAGAAUGGCUCUAUCAUUUGGAAUCGAACUAUUAUGACUGAUGAACCAAUAAGCACACUUUUCCUCACCCAAGAAAAACAUAAUCGAACAUACCUCGUCGGUAUUUCCCGUUCUAACUUGCAUUUAUUUGUUCCUGAAGACGGACAACAAGUAGCCAUAGCUACGCUGCCUUGCUCUUGGACUGUGUCAAUUAAAGUAGCUGGCCCAUGGUAUUCUUCUAAGACUGGAUUUGUUUGGGCUCUAGUCUGCCAACCUAAUGAUGGUGUUGAUGCUUUCACAUUUUUUGAACGAGACCUGUUAGAUUUCUCAGAGAACGAUGAGGAUUUAGAGAACCUAAGAGUGAAUUUUAAACCUAUAUUCAGAAAACGGAGCUACAGAGGUUCGAUUGAUCUCGCCUGUGACGUCACGACAACUCCGGAUUCUCUGGUUCUCUCGUGGGCCGAUAUGGUUACUAUGGUGACGGCCCAAGCACCUUUUCAUCACUUCCAUAAGACGUGGGAGCAGCGUUUUUCAAGCCCCCUCGGAUAUGUCACGAGUUUAACCACAGGUUAUUUCACUGGGUCAAAGUCCACUCAAAUUGCUGUUGCUGUUCAAGAUGGUUCUAAUUCUACGAUUCACAUUCUUGAAACCAAAAAUGGAUCUUCAAUAGCUGAAAUGAAAUUGGGUGAGCAGAGAGUAGUUUCUAUCCAGAAACUUUCUGGAGCCGAAGGUGAAAGAGACGCUCUACUCAUCGACGCUAUUAAAAAUGAAGGUUCAUCAGAUGUAGAGCCAGCGGAACUUGAACCAAUAAGCUUCUAUAUGUUGGAAUUCGAAGAAAAUAAAAGUGCACUUCGUUUUAUAGCAACAUCACAAGGACAUCUAGCAUCAAGUUUAAGCCAGAUAUCCAAAGGUAGUUCUAACUUACUGUUGGCUAGUUCCGACACAAACGGAAAUGUUAUUCUAGAUCGAUUUAUUGUCCAGAACAAAGAUCCGACGAGAAGUUUGUGUCAAGACGAACAGAACUCAAACACUACUGUCAUGAUGUUCCUGGAAUAAUGAUUUCGUGUUGCCACUUUCUGAAAGAUUAUAAUCCCUAUUUUAUAACAAAAUCGCUUCGUAUGUUUUGUAGAUGAAAUUUAAAAUUUCACGUCUACAUUUUAAUGAGCUUGUUCUUUACUAAAUGUGUUUAUAAAUUUUAACUUAUUGAUUAGUUUUCUAAAAAUGUUCAAACGUAUGUAUUGGUAACACAAUUUUAAAUUUGGAUUGAACAAAGUUUUAAGUAUCUUCCAUAUAUUUAAAAAAAAAUUAUAAAUCUUCCGCAAAUCUUCCAAUUUAUAAAUCUUCCGCUUUUGGCGUCGACAAAAUAGAAUUUCUUUUUUGUUUAUGCUCGAUUUACGUAAAAUGUACAGUUGUGAUUUAACAACUUAACAUUCUUUUUUUUUGUUGAAAAAAGUGAUAUCUUAACUUGAAAAAGAAUACUCUUAAUAAGUUUUUCGGAAUCAUUUUUAACUUAUAUCAACUGAUAUCGUACAAACUGUUAUAAAUAAGAUGUGCUAAUUAUUUAUUUUUGCACAUUAUAAUGUUCUAAAAACUUACUUGAACUAUAAAAAUUGAUUUAAAGAAAAUUAACGGAAUAGGAACCAACUACUACUAAAAAUAUUCAUGUAGUAGAGAAAAUAUAAUUUCAAACAGUGGUGUAAAUACUAUUUCAAAUUUCCUACUUUUUUUAAAAAAUAAACAGCUUUUUAGACUUGAAAAUUCAUUUUAUAAUUUAUUUAAAAUGAGAUUAUUUUCAAAUUUAUAACUGUUCAUUUUACAAGCAUUUUUUUCACUUCAAUAAUUAAUCAGUUUUCUAUAAUAUUAUAAAUAAAAUAUGCUUACAAUGUAAAAUAUUUUAUGUGGUAUCGUUUUACAACAUAAAACUGAGGUAUUGUUGUUGCGAAUUAUUAAUGAACAACUGUAUAUUACACUGAACAUUAAUAAUAAAAAUUAUUACUGAUAAUUGUGUUUCAGUUUGUGAGAGAUAACUAAUAUUUAAAAUUACUAAUUAUAUUUAAAUUAAGAAAUAGAAAUGAAUUCUUACAUUCGGGAAAGAAUGAAUCAAAUGAUUAAAUUAUAGAAAGGAAAUACAAAUUUAAAAAUCAUUUUGCUUGAAUUUGAUUGGAAGUUAAUAUACUAUAGUCAACACAAGAGCUUAUUAUUUACGAAAUCAUUUUUCUCCCUGCUAUUUGUAGAAAACUCAUUCUAUUUUGCAUUUAAAUGUGAUUUAAUUUUGUAAAAAUUUAUUAGAUCGUAGUGUUGAUGACUGAACAACAUUUUUGCUUUUAUAAAUAUUCGGGUUUGUACAAAGAGAAACAAAACUGUGAUAAUCAUCUAUUGGUAAAGCUAUUACAUUUAAAUGUUGUUGAAUUUGUUGUUUAUCUAACAAUUUGUUUUGUGCCUUUUAUGUAUUCAGAGUUAGCUAUUUUGUCAUGUAUUUAGUCAUUUUAUCGUUGAAUUUUACGUGUUAUGUUAAUAAAGUUUUCAGCUGAAGUAAGA